AUGACCUCGUUCGUACUGCUCGUGGCCGCACUGGCCGACGCAGGUCAGCCUCCCUCGCCGCCCAAUCGGCCGUCGAACCGGCCUGUGCACCGCGGCGCCGCGGCGUUCCGGCGGCAGGUGGAGCAGCAGCACCCGGCAGUGCUGGUGGUUGGCGGGCUGGGUCUGCAGGCUGCGGUGCGUUCGGUGGCGCGCGGGCGGCCGCCGCCGCUGCGCGAGAUCAUCGGCCAGCGCGAGGAGGCGGCGCUCGUUUCCGAGGCGCCUCCCGGCUUUGCGAGCCUGGUCGGCCGCGCUGUCGUGCUUGCUCUGAUCUUCUCUCCGCCGAUGCUGCUCUCGUGGCUGGCGUGGCUGUGGCCCUUCUUCCGCAACCGCGUCUGGUACCGCAUGCUCACCGCCUCGCUCGCGCGCGCCGGCACCGCCUUCAUCAAAUGGGGACAGUGGGCGUCGUGCCGGCCGGACGUCUUUCCGACGGCCAUGUGCGCCGCCCUCGCGUCGCUGCACUCGCAGGCGCCACGCCACGGCUGGAGGCACACCGAGCGGGAGGUGCGCGAGGCGCUCGGCGCACCCGUCGACCAGCUGUUCGAGGACUUUGAGCGACGGCCGAUCGCCUCGGGCUCCAUCGCCCAGAUCCACCGCGCGGUCUGGUUGAACCAGACGGUGGCCGUCAAGGUGCGCCACCCGGCGGUCGCCCGCACCUCCCUUCUCUGCUACUACACCACCCAAGGAGCUGAACCCACACUGGAUUCGAGACUCUGGAGGUAUGGGACACGUAGGCUCGACAUCGAGGCAGAGCACUUGCGCCGCUUCGGCUGGAACUUCGCCGCGUGGCGCGACGUCCGGUUCCCGCGCGUGCUCGCCGCGAGUGAGGCCGUCCUCGUCGAGUCGUACGAGGCUGGAGAGCUCGUCUCCACCUACACCACCGACCUCACCCUCGGCGUCUCCUCCGGCAGCGGCGGCGCCGACCCCCUCUCGCGGGAGGAGGCGCACUUUGUGGUGUCGCGCGGCGAGGACCUCUACCUCAAGAUGCUCCUGCUCGACAACCUGAUGCACGCCGACCUGCACCCGGGCAACAUCCUGCUCCGCCGGGCGCGGAGGUACGGCCGCAACUCGCUCGCGCUCCUCGACGUCGGCAUGGCGGACGCGUUCAUCGGCUUCCUGAACGCGAUGGGCGCGGGCGACGGCGCCGCCGCCGCCCGGUUCGGGGAGGUGCUGCGCGGCGUGCUGGCGCUCGUGCGCGACCGCGGCGUCGCGAUCGACGCAAACUACAUGACCCUCGUCACAAACGUCCUCUGCCUCGAGGGGAUGGCGGGCACGCUCGUCCCAGAGUACAACGUGCUCGACGCCGCCCGCCCGCUGCUCGAUGCCCACCGCGCGCUGCCGCGCCCCCUCUUCCGGCUGGCGAUGCCGCUCGUCGCCAGCUUGAAGCGAGUCAAGGACCGCGUGUGCCGAUGAGCCGCGCGCCCGUAGCGCGCCCCCGGCGCUGCGCACUAGCGCGGAAUGAUCUCGACUCCUCGCCUCGCGCGUGUACGGCUGUUGCGCUGGCCCGACAUCCGUCGAUCUGUGUCUCGCGCGCUGCGCGACGCCUCACAUCCCUUUCGUCGUUUUCGGUUUGUCGUUUGUGUUUACCAGUACCUUCCACGA